CCAGCUGGCCCGGCUCGGGGGACGGGGACGGGCCGCGCGUGCAUCGCCUGGCAUCAGUGUGUGUGUGUGUGUGUGUGUGUCCAUGUCCGUGUUGUAUGUGCCAACCACCAGUGUCCAUGCAACACACGUAUGGCCAUAUGCACAGACCGCUGUCCGCGUCUGUGUUGUGUGGCGUGUGUCCCCGUGUGUGUAUUGCAGACCCCAGCAUGCGUGUCCUCCACCCGUGUGCCUGCCUGCAUAUCCCUCAUCCUCGUCCCCUGGUCCUUUCUUGUUGAAAGCGCCCCGUCACGUGGCCGGAGCAGGUAAAUUCACGGCUUCCCGGGGUUUGCCUUCACACGCAGCAGCAGGCACCUGGGGGUGCCUCCCCCACCCACGGCUUCUCCUCGGCCCCCCACCUCCGCCUUGCUUGAGCAGGAGCUGCCAGCAGAAGGUUCUGGCAGAAAGGGGAAAUCCCUGAAGCAAUUGAAACAGCCGAAGCUUUGGAUGCACUUCUCUUCCCCCCUCCUUUUUGUCACAUGUGAUCGAUUCUUUGAACCGGCCUAAGCAUGUUGAGGAAAAAACCUCAGCUUGCCAGUCCUGCUUAUCUGCGGACUUCCACCUGCUGUCCGUGGGAAUGAGCAUUGCCCUGUUUCUUCGUAUCCCUAUCUUGUGGGCACCGCUAUGUGAGUGUUCGGGGGAUACCAGAGGUUCUCCCACUUGAGGCAUCGAGACUGAAGUUUGUUCUCUAAGUCAUACAGGUUAAAUACAGAACAAGUCUGAUGUUCCUGAGGACAGGCUGUACGUCCUUCAGUACCUUGGUAUAAUUAGGUACCUCCAUGAAGAUCUGGAUCUUCUCUCACAUUUUGUAGAGGACAAUGUAUCCUUGCUUUUCUAUACCGAAGAUGUUUUGAUCCUGUGUUUGUGAUGUCAGAGUGCUGGAGAAAAUGCUAAUGGAAGCAGGAUUUUAAAUAGAGGGUAGAGGAAGAUUAGCCCUGGUGGAAUUGCGUUUGAAGAACUGCUACACAGUUGCUGAUUGUAGAAAACAGGAGAGACUGAAUAGGCUAGCUGGUACAGAAGAGCUGCAGAGGUUGGGAGAAAAUUAACAGCUUGGAUGGUGUUGUCUGGAAGGACCCAGUGCUGGAAGAUUUUAAAUUGCUAGCUGACAGGGAAGGAACCCUGAGGUUGCUUUUCUCCGACCCACUGGAAGAAAUCCUGAUGAUAAAUAAUAUCAAUGUUUUGUGUGUGGUAUUGUAUAACAAAGCUACUGAGAUGCACUUGCAGCGUCCGUGACUCUUCAUAAUGCGUUAUGCUAGUAUCUUACAGUAUCAUUCUUUAAAAAGAUUUAACUGGUUUCACUUCUUCGUUUCUAGGUGCAAUCGACACCAUCGGCACUCGUAGAACCUAAUGUUCCAACAGGACUACUUGGUGCUUUCCUAACUUCCCUCUCUAUCAGAAAUAGUCCUGUUGCUGUAUAGCUUCAGAUUCCAUAAAUUUCAGUUUAACUACUAUAUAAAAGUUAUUAGCAAUCUGGAAGCAAUGGGGAUUGGUAAGAACACCACGUCUAAAGCAGUGGAGACUGGAAGCUCAACAGAAGGCAAAUAUGAAGAUGAGUCUAAACAUCCAGCUUUUUUCACUCUCCCUGUUGUGAUAAACGGUGGAGCAACAUCCAGCGGUGAUCAGGAUACGGAGGACACAGAGCUCAUGGCAAUCUACAGCACAGAAAAUGGCAUAGCUGAAAAGAGCUCUCUGGCAGAGACGUUGGACAGCAGUGGAAGUUUAGAUGCACAGAGAACUGACAUGAUAUACACAAUUGAGGAUGUUCCCCCUUGGUACCUCUGCAUAUUCUUAGGGUUACAGCACUACCUGACAUGUUUUAGUGGAACCAUAGCAGUACCCUUUUUGCUAGCCGAUGCCAUGUGUGUUGGGUUUGACCAGUGGGCUACCAGCCAACUGAUUGGGACCAUUUUCUUCUGUGUGGGAAUCACUACUUUAUUACAAACAACUUUUGGGUGCAGGUUACCCUUAUUUCAAGCCAGUGCUUUCGCUUUCUUAGCGCCUGCCCGAGCCAUUCUCUCUUUGGAGAAGUGGAAAUGUAAUAACACAGCAAUAGCGGUUACUAAUGGAACAGCAGAGCUGCUUCACACCGAGCAUAUCUGGUAUCCCAGGAUACGAGAGAUUCAAGGUGCUAUUAUCAUGUCCUCCUUGAUAGAAGUGGUGAUUGGUUUCCUUGGGCUUCCUGGAGCUCUGCUGAGAUAUAUUGGACCUCUGACCAUUACACCGACGGUGGCCCUCAUUGGUCUCUCUGGUUUCCAGGCAGCUGGGGAAAGAGCAGGCAAACACUGGGGUAUAGCUAUGUUGACUAUUUUCCUAGUAUUGCUGUUUUCUCAGUAUGCCAGGAAUGUCAAAUUUCCUUUACCGAUUUACAAAUCCAAAAAAGGAUGGACAGCUUACAGGCUGCAGCUCUUCAAAAUGUUUCCUAUUAUUCUAGCUAUCCUGGUGUCAUGGUUGCUUUGCUUCAUCUUUACUGUGACUGACGUCUUUCCCCCCGACAGCGCAAAGUAUGGCUUCUAUGCUCGCACAGAUGCAAGACGAGGAGUGCUGUUAGUGGCACCGUGGUUUAAGGUCCCUUAUCCUUUUCAGUGGGGAUUGCCAACAAUUUCAGCUGCAGGAGUAAUAGGGAUGCUUAGCGCAGUUGUUGCUAGCAUUAUUGAAUCAAUUGGAGAUUACUACGCCUGUGCAAGGCUGUCUUGUGCUCCUCCUCCACCUAUACAUGCAAUAAAUAGAGGGAUUUUCAUUGAGGGUCUUUCCUGUGUUCUGGAUGGAGUAUUUGGUACUGGAAAUGGAUCCACCUCUUCUAGCCCCAACAUUGGAGUUCUGGGCAUCACUAAGGUUGGAAGCCGCCGGGUUAUUCAGUAUGGUGCAGCCUUCAUGCUCCUACUUGGAAUGGUUGGGAAGUUCAGUGCACUGUUUGCAUCCCUGCCUGACCCAGUGCUUGGUGCCCUCUUCUGCACUCUUUUUGGAAUGAUUACAGCUGUGGGGCUUUCCAACCUCCAGUUCAUAGACUUAAAUUCUUCCCGUAACCUCUUUGUACUUGGAUUUUCCAUCUUCUUUGGACUUGUCCUUCCAAGUUACCUCAAACAAAAUCCACUGGUUACAGGAAUAGCAGGCAUUGACCAAGUGUUAAAUGUUCUUCUGACUACAGCCAUGUUUGUUGGAGGUUGCGUGGCCUUUAUUUUGGAUAAUACCAUUCCAGGAAGUCCAGAGGAGAGAGGAAUCCGGAAGUGGAAGAAAGGAGUGGGCAAAGGAAGCAAGUCUCUGGAUGGCAUGGAAACUUAUGAUUUGCCCUUUGGCAUGAACUUUAUCAAAAAGUACAGAUGCUUCAGCUUCUUGCCCAUCAGCCCUACCUUCAUGGGUUACACAUGGAAAGGCUUCAGGAAAAGCAGUAACUGCAGGAGUUCAGACGAAGAAUCUGCAGCUACCGUAUAGCCUUAGUUGAAAUGAUAUUAUCUAGUUGUAGUAAGAGAUGUAUUUGCAGUUUCUUGCUGAUUAAGAAGCAUUAAAAUAUAUGUUUUGUAUAUUUGCAUUUAAAUUCUGGAACCAGAGCUGAGACGGAUUUAAAAAAAAAAAAAAAAGCUUUCCUGUUGUGGAUGGUGAUAGCUAGAUACAGUGUCUCUGGGUGAAAUGUCUAAAAGCUUUUUACUUUCUGUUUUAAAAGAGAUUCAGGUUCCUAAGUGUCUGUGUCUUUUCUGAACAUUGAACUUGGGUUCCUGAGUCAUUGAGGUGCUUUUGAAAAAGUGUAAUGAUUGCUUUAUUAUGGUUUUAUUUAAAUCAUUGAUGCUGGCAUUUUUGGCGCAUUCAUUGCUGGCAAUGUUAGUUACGCCAGAACAUUUUUGAAUCCUCAUGUGAAAGGAGUAAAUUUUAAUUCAUUCAUAAUUACUGAUGUCAAGAUCAGAUAUGUUGUAUUUUUUUUCCAGCUCGUACAUUCCAUAUUUUGCUCCACAGAUACCCGUGGAUUAGAUUUGAUAUUAUUCUGGCAACCGACUGGAAUACCUUUCCAGUUACAGAUAGUGAAUUCAGAGAUUUCCAGUAGUAAAAUAACAAUUUCCUUACUCAAUUACCCUACAUGAAAGCGCACUGGCUUAACUAUAGAAGUGACUACUUGACAAGAACCACUUGUAUCCUGAGUGUGUGGGGCUUUAUUUUUUUUUUUAAAUGUUUCCUUCUUUCUGACUGGCAACUAAUGACCUGACCUAGUGCCUGAGUACAAGCUCUCUCUCAAAGGAAAUGCCAGCUUCAUUCUUACAUGUCUGUGAAAGGGGAUGACUUCUAGAAGUGACACUUUGCUAGCAGAACAAGGCGCAUAGCUGUGUUGAUCACAAACGCCUACCAAAUGAAAUGGUGAAUUUGUCUAAGCAUUUCAUGUUUGUUCUCGCAUAUGAGCCUUUACGUAUAGAAUCAGGUAGUGGGAUACUGUCAGCAUUUGGUUAUUCUGACCCAAACUAAAUUCUUUUUAUCCCACUCUGACUAUCCUGGUCAAAUGUUGUCUGAGGGGCCUAUGUUUAUGUAUCCUGUUUUCUUGCUUUGGGGGCCCUUGAUUUUUAUAGCCAGUCUUUCUAAUGGCAGAGACACUACAUCGGACAUCAUCAUCCACUGGAUGGUUUAACGGGUACUGGGCCAGUCAAAGGCACCAUUCAGAUUUUUUUCCUGAAAUAGUCUCAGCUCUGCUGUUUAUGUGGAUGGUUAAUGCUCAUCAUGCAUCCAUGCUUACAAGGUUUUAUUCAUGUUUAAUGUUCUUACUAUUGCAAGUUAGUUUUAGACAUCAGUGUUUCAAUGUGGCCCCAAAAAGCAUUUUUAAGCUGUGGAGAUCAUCAGGGAGGCGUAGUGUAACGUACUCUUAAGGCCAGUAUACUCUACGGUGCUUGCGUUUUGUAUCUCUGGAUAAAAAUAAUGGUAGAUACUGUAAUUCACUAAUAUUUAUCAAAGCUGACUACUGGACAAGAGCACAGGAACUCUGUUGUUUCCUGAGUCUACUUCUAGGUAAAACUUGUUGUUGGUUAUUGAAGCAUGGAAGGGUUUGGGGGUGGGGGAGGGGAAAAAAGGAACUUAAUGGAUCAGUAUUGCUUAGUGCAGAGUGGGAAUGUUUCCAUUGAUAUAAUUUUCGGCAUGUCACAGCUGAUUCUGUAACAUCUCUUACACAGCUGUUUCCAUAUCAGAAUAUGUUUGUGCCUGCUUCAAGGAACUUUCAGUAGUUUGCAGCCUUGGUAUCAGUAGGACUUUCUUGAAAGCCUGUGAGAAGAAUCACUGCGUAACAGACGAGGUGAUAUCUGUUACAGGGCAGACUAUUCAUGUGUUUUAUAUUUUGUUUGUCGGGCAAUGAGGCCUUAGGAAAUUUCCCCUUCCCCCAAGGAACACUGUUUGCUGAGAGCUCUGAACAGCAACACUAAGCUUCUAAACUUUCCACCUCUUUAUUUUAUAUGCAACCAAGGAUGGGGCAGGUGGAGGAAUUAAAAAAUAAUCACCUUUUUAGAUUGGUUCUAAUCAUGUCAAAUGAUGACCAGAGUUGGUUAUCUUUUAAAUGCAAGGAGAGGAAGGUAAUAUCGAGAGUUUAAAAACAGACAUCUAGAUGCUCAGAAUCCGGAAGAACAAUUUACACAGUGGACACGACAGUAAAACUCAUGGUGAGGCCAGCCUAUCAUUUGGCAGAACUAUUCUCAUGGUAGCAUUCAUGGAUGAUGCGGUAGCAGACACAGCAUCGAAAAAGCCAGACAUUGGCAAGAACUAGCAUUUUUUUUAGGAGAUACUUUUUUUGAAUGAAGCAAUCUCUGUAAACUCUAAAUUGGUUGCCUUAUCUUUUCUCUAACAUGCUGUAAAGGAUGAUCACAUUGUAUGUUUUUAAGAUCAUGUACUACUUCAAUUAAAUCACAGCUCAAACAUUAUGAUUCUGAAAGCUUGUCUUUUUUCAAUGCAGAAUGUUCUUUCACUUCUUUCCAUGAUGGAAGAAGUUAUUUCGGACUAGGAAACACCAGAGAUAUUUUGUGUCUGAUAGAAAAUUAUGAUUUGAUUUAAUUAUUUGCCUUGCUUUCUGGUUCUACCGCACUGAUUCUGGUGACUGACUAACAGAAGUUUGGUAAAUUGUAUAUUGGAAGAUUACUGUGUUGAGCCAGCAUGCCUUGGCUUGCUAGCCAUUGAACAUGGCAACCCUAAAACAAGCAUUUAAUAUGGCCGAAUCGGGCAUUUUGUAACCAUAACCCUUUAAUAUUAAACAUUUGUGAAGGUGACUCCUUGAAAUCUUUCUUUAAGGAAGUUAAUUGGGUAGAGAUGAGCCUUAAUGUUUGCAAGGACAAUGAAAGGAGAUCAGAUGAAACCUGACUUAUGGCCAAGGUGUAUAACAAUUUUCCCUAGCAGACAAGUGACACAUAAUGUUUGGGCUGUGACUGCAGAACCCCGAAGAAUAGGUAUGUCUUUUUUUUAAUCUUUGCAGGUAAAAAUAGGUUAGAGCUCAUGUGCACAGUUUUGCCUUGCAAAGGGAAAUUCCCCUUUCUUCAAGUUUUUGCUGUUCCUGAGAACAAUUUAGAGCUGCCAAUCAAAGAAUAUGAAGUGCAGCUCUUUCCUUUUCUUUGUAAGGGAGGUGUUCAGAGUGCCCUCAGGUUGGUUCGUUGGGCGGGUGGCGGCGGCGGGUGUUACUGUUAUGGCAGGGUGUCCUCCCACUCACCCUUCAGAUUUGAAUUAAAGUCAGAAUGGCAUCUUCCCACUCACCCUUCAGAUUUGAAUUAUAGUCAGAAUGGUAUCUGCAAAUUUUAUUGAUGCCAUUUCAGUGUGAGAGACAGUUUACAAUGUAAGAUGCUGUGGUAUCAGCUGCUCAGAGGUAGAUGUAUUGCAGACUUUGACUCUGCAAUUCUGAAAAGUUGAAUACUUAAUGUUUCUUGUUUACGUAUGUGCUGUGUGUGUAAGCCGGGAGGAGAGGGGGAUGGAAAUACGGCUGUUAAUGCAAUACUGUGUCUUUGCUGUGUAUGUCAUUGCCCGCAUUUUGAACUGCUAAAUUAAACAGUACCUUGUAAAGAAGAUGAUGCUGAAUAGAUGGGCUAGAAGGAAAUAUCUUUGAACCAAAUUUAAGUAUAGAAAGGCAAAUAUUCAUGGCAAAAAGAUCAUUUUGUCAUAUCAAAGGUGGUAUAAAUCUGUUGAGAGCAAACAGGACUUUUGUAGCCAAUAUCCUAUUGUAGUAUUCUUUGGUUAAAUUAAGAACUCCUGCUAACCUAUUUAAGUGCAUUUUCUGAAUAGCACACUUUAAAAAUAUGCCUUUAAAUUGAUUUUUAAUAGCAUAUUUAUCUGUGGUUGACUGACUAAUAGCAUUAGGAUGUGCUUGAUGGACUAGCCGGAUUAGUAACCUGUUGCAGAAAGCAUGGUUUGUUUGUUUGAUUGUUUUCCAUUUAAACCCAGGAGUUAGUUUAUACUUUUCAAUACUGACUUUCAAUAUGACAACUUGGUUCAUACAUGAAUAUUGCAGUAUUUUAUUUCCAUAUAUUAAAAAUAACAUUUCCACUCAGGAUAAUUAUCACAUUUCCUGGGAGGGAGUGGUAUGAUAGUCAUGACAGUGUCAUGUGAUGAUAGAAUUUCUUCAUUGACGAAUCUAUAGUAGUUGUGUAUACUUUGUUUACCCACAUUUAUGUUAUUACUGAAAACUAAAGAGCUUCUUAUGGUUCACCUCCCUACUGAAAUACUGGUAGUCACAGAGUUGACUAAACUCCUGCAAAAUUAAAUCCUCAGUACUCCUUAAUACCACAAAAAACAUUUAAGAAAGACCAAUCAACUGUAAUAAUGCCUCCAUACCAAAACUGUAUUGAAAUGUUCUGGUUGGUUAGUACCAUGUGUGGUAUAACCAGCACUAUGAGCACAUACAGUUAAAACAACUGCCUUCUGAUGGUUUAAGUUACGUGUUGAAUAUUGUACACGCAAUUCAAAAGCAGCUUGUGCUAGCAUAAUUUAUACAAAUGCACGGCAGACCAGCACAACCUGAUGUCUUUUUUUUUCAGUGGCCUUCUUAAACCAAAUGUCUUUGUGUUUCGGGUUUUUGGUUUUGGGGUUUUUUCCGGGGGGGGGAAUUGCUAAAAAGGGUUACUCUUUACAGAAGAUGAAUGAGUGAUUGGUUUCCCUCUUGUUACACAUGCCAUACUACUUCUUGCUACGGAUUAUUAUCAUUCCUGGACAUGGGAUAGUAUAUGUUCCAUGCUUUCACAUUUACCUAGCUGUAAAGUAGGUCAUUACAGUAUUGGAAAGAGGCCACAGGUUUGCCAGUAUUGAGCUUCUGCCCAUGAGUCCAUACAGCUUAGUGCUGGGCUGCUUUAAGUAUUGGGGAUACAUAUUCAGCAACAUCCAAAACAUUCCUGUUCAGUUAUAAUUUUCUUGUGACUGUGCAUUGUCAUCUGUACAUAUUAAUAUCAGAGAUGUAUUUAGAGUUUGCCUUGUGUAUUAUCUGGCAUUUAUUACAACAUCUUUCCAGGUAAGCCAUCUUACUGCCAGUCCAAAAUAUUGUACUUUUGUCUGUUUAUAACAACCUUUGGCGUAACAAACUAUUGACUGUUCUUAGACAGUGGGGAUAAAUAUUUUUUUCCAUGAGUUUUUUGUGACUGACUUGGGCUGUAAACCUUUUAUUCUUUUGUUACAUAACAAAGGGGGUUUUUGUUGUUCUUGUUUCGAGAUGUGUAAUUCUUUUAUGGAGUUUUUAAAAAAAAAAAAUCAUAUUUUGUUUUUUCUAACAUGGCUUCUUUAAACGUUUAAAUAUUUAAAAAUAUGUAAUAUUUGGACCAGAUGUUGUGAAUAAUAGUAGAUAAAGCUAUUUUAUUCUGUAUUUUUAAAGCUGUUCAGUAUAAAUAAACACGGGCAUAGCUGCA